AUGGGUGUCUCUGAAAGUAGAGUCGUCAUCGAAACUCUCUCUGCUGCCUGCGCGGAGGCCGAGGAAAAUGAGAAGGAUAACAUUGAAGACCUUCUUACCAGCAAAGUGGUUUUAUCAGUUCGCUGCGAUGCCUUUGGUCUCAAAUCCCAGUGGGUGCCAGGAGAAGCAUUGGCCGCCCCCCGUGCCAUAAUUCCCCGACAAGACCUCGAAAACGAGUUAAGAAAGCACACGAUUCGAAAAUUACUAUCCCUGAAAAGUUUAGGGGAAAAUGUGCUCCGCUGGAAAGAACGUCCACUCCUAUUCUUUACGGAAGAUGACAGUACACUUGAUCUUGACGAGUUACCACUUGCACAAUCUUAUAAGUACCUAACAAAGGUGCAUGAGCGAAGAGAAUCUGACACAAUCCGCUCAAGGUUCCUCAAAGUGAUGUAUCAUCGACUGAAAAACAGGUUAUGCAUCGAUCAAAUGCGUCCCAACAAUGUGGAGAAGGCAGCUCACAUAAUUUUGAAGUCAGGUUUGGUAAGUAGUGACUUGGAAACCAUCACACGUCAAGUGACCGGGUGGACAAAUGAAGGGAGAAGGAUUGAUGCUUUGUGUCAAGACAUAGGGUGUGCUGAGGCAAAGAAUGACACCCAUCUUGGAAACAUAUUCUGCUUUCCCGGAGAUGUCCAUGACGAGUUUAUCAGAGCAAUACCACUGAGUGGGCCGGACAGGGAAGAAGAAAUUCGACGUCUCAAGAUUCGUGGAAUUUUGGAUGUUGAGGGCAAGAAUAACAUAGACGACCUAGCGGAUGCCAUGUUCGGCAAACUAUGGGAGAAGAUCGAAGAUUCAAUAUCUCGGGGUACCCAAUUCACGGGAACAGGUCAAGCAGCUCCAGUUCCGUCCACUUCCACCUCGAAUCUCCAUAUCGCAGUCAGUAAUUCCGCGGCGCAUCUUCCAACCCACGGAGACGGUAACGAGAUAGCCCGAGAUAGCCCUGGGUUUUCUGCCGAGGAAAUUUCCGCACCAAUGGUGCAGUCCGGGUCCAUCGGCAUGGUAGGCGAGCAUACCCUAGCCUGGAUGGGCAGUACGUUGAACAUGCAUGAAAACGCUUAUCCAAUACCACAAGAGCCCAUGGACGCGAUUGACGAGCGAGCCAUUGCUUGGACGGGCAGCACAUUGAACAUGCAUGAAAACGCUUAUCCAAUACCACAAGAGCCCAUGGACGCGAUUGACGAGCGAGCCAUUGCUUGGACGGGCAGCACAUUGAACAUGCAUGAAAACGCUUAUCCAAUACCACAAGAGCCCAUGGACGCGAUUGACGAGCGAGCCAUUGCUUGGACGGGCAGCACAUUGAACAUGCAUGAAAACGCUUAUCCAAUACCACAAGAGCCCAUGGACGCGAUUGACGAGCGAGCCAUUGCUUGGAUGGGCAGCACAUUGAACAUGCAUGAAAACGCUUAUCCAAUACCACAGGAGCCCAUGGACGCGAUUGACGAGCGAGCCGUUGCUUGGGCGGGCAGCACAUUGAGCAUGCAUGAAAACGCCGACCCAAUACCACGAGAAUCCAUGGACAUGCUUCAGGAUCGAGAUAUUUUCGGACCAGAUGGUGCAGUGGAGCCAUUCGCGGUUGAGUAUCGAGAUCCUGAAUCCCAAACUUCCAUUGAAACACCCAAUAUCUCGUCACAAUACCACUGGAGCAUUUCUCGUCAGCAAAUCCAGUGGCCUGUCGUCGUGAAAUGA